AUGGCAUCAAGCAAUACACCACUUAAACUAAUUGUUGAUGACCAACCUUCAAACUCUAUAUCUAAAAAAACAUCAGUUGCAAACCUUAGUUAUAGAUUUAUGCAAAAUAAUGAUAUUACAAUUGGUGAUAUAAUUUAUAUAGUCUCAGUUAAUAAUAAAGAUAAUAUUAGUAAUACUAAUAAUAAAUCUGAUGAAUUACCAUGGGAAUAUUUUAAUAAUAAUAAUGAUAAUAAUGAUAAUAGUGAAAAUGACUGUUAUUGUUCAAUAAUGACAGCAUGGCCAUCACAAAAAUUAUCACAUACUCAUAUACAAUUAGAUUCAAUUCAAAGAGAAAAUUGCAAUGUUAAAAUUGGUGAUUCAGUCUAUUUAUAUAAAACACCACAUCAAAUUAUAAACAUAGAGUCAUCAAAUAAACCAACUACAGUAAAUUUAGAUUGCGACGAAAUUCAAAUUCAAUGCGAAACUCCAUCUCAUCAAAAAUAUGUUUCGCAACUAUUUUCAUUUGGAAUGCUCCAACCAUUAGUUCUAUCACAAAUAACUGGUAGAUUUUUUAUAAAAAAUAAUAUAUUUACAAUUAAUAUUAGUAAUAAUUUAAUAAAAUUUAAAAUAAUCAAUUUAAUAAAUAAUAAUUAUAAUAGUAAUAGCAAUAGUAAUAAUAAAAAAAAUGAUGAUAAUGAUUUAAAUAUAGAUUUUAAUAAAUUAAAUUUAAAUGAUAGCGAUAAUAAUAAUAAUAAUAAUAAAGAUUUUAUAAAAUCAAUUUUUAGAAUAUAUAAUAAAACAAAUAUUAAAUUAAUAAAUCAAAAAAAUACAAUUAAUAAUAAUACUAAUAAUAAUAAUGUUAACAAUAAUAAUAAUAAUAUAAAAAAUAAAGAUUUAAAUUAUGAAUUAAUUGGUGGUUUAGAUAAUCAAGUUAAACAAAUUAGAGAAAUUAUUGAAUUAUCAUUUUAUAAAUCAAAAUUAUUAAAUUCAUUUGGAAUUAAACCACCCAAAGGUAUUUUAUUAUAUGGUCCACCAGGUACAGGUAAAACAUUAUUAGCAAGAAUUGUAUCAAAUCAAACCAAUGCAACACUUUUUACAAUCAAUGGUGCUGAUAUUUUAGAUAAAUUCUAUGGUAUGACUGAGAAAACACUUUUAAAUAUUUUUAAAGAAGCAAGUCGAAAAGCGCCAUCAAUUAUUUUUAUUGAUGAAUUAGAUGCACUAUGUCCAAAACGUGAAGAAAAUAGUAGUGAAGUAGAAAAACGUGUUGUUGGGUCAUUAUUAACAUUAAUGGAUGGUAUAGCAAUUGGUGGCGGUAAUGAAGAAAAUGAAGAAGAAAAUGAAAAUAAAAAUAAAGUUAUAGUUAUUGGUUGCACAAAUAGACCUGAUAGUAUAGAUUCAGCAUUACGUAGACCAGGUAGAUUUGAUAAUGAAAUCGAAAUAUCCAUACCAAAUCAACAAGGUAGAGAACAAAUUUUAAAAAUUUUCCUUUCAAAGAUUCCAAAUCAACUAAAUGAAAAAGAAAUCAACUUUAUUUCAUCAAAAACCCAUGGUUUUGUAGGUGCAGAUAUAGAAUCAUUAUGUAAAGAAGCAUCAUUAAAAUGUUUUAAUCGUAUAAAAAAUGAAAAUUUAUCAUUAUUUUUAAACAAUGAAAAUAAUAAUGGAUUAAAUUCAAUUUUAGAAUUAAUUAAAGUUUCUAUGGAAGAUAUGUUAUUAGCAUUAAAUCAAGUUAAACCAUCAUCAAUGAGAGAAGUUGUUGUAGAGAUACCAAAAGUUUAUUGGAACGAUAUUGGUGGUCAAGAACACAUCAAACAGAAAUUAAAAGAAGCAAUUGAAUGGCCUCUUAAACACCCAGAAUCAUUUAUUAGAAUGGGUAUUAAACCACCAAAAGGUAUUUUAUUAUAUGGUCCACCAGGUUGCAGUAAAACAUUGUUGGCAAAAGCUUUAGCAACCGAAUCUGGUUUAAAUUUCAUAGCAGUUAAAGGUCCAGAAUUAUUAAGCAAAUGGGUUGGUGAAUCUGAAAGAGCCGUAAGAGAUAUCUUUAAAAAAGCACGUCAAAAUGCACCAUCUAUUCUUUUCUUUGAUGAAAUUGAUGGUUUGGCAAUCAGUAGAAGCGGUGAAGGAAGUGGAGCUGUCGAAAGAGUAGUAAGUCAAUUAUUAACUGAAAUGGAUGGUAUACAGCCAUUAACCAAUGUAACAAUUAUUGGUGCAACCAAUAGACCCGAUAUUAUAGAUAAAGCAAUACUUAGAGCAGGUAGAAUCGAUAGGAUUUUAUAUAUCUCACCACCAGAUUUUGAUGCAAGAAAAGAAAUUUUUAAUAUUCAUUUAAAAAAAGUACCCCAUUCAAAUGAUAUCAAUGUUGAAGAACUAUCAAAUUUAACUGAUGGUUAUAGUGGUGCAGAAGUUACAUCAAUUUGUAGAGAAGCCUCCAUUUGUGCAAUGAAACAAGAUCUAAAUGCAAAACAAAUCGAAAUGAAUCAUUUUAUUCAAGCAAUUUCAAAUGUAAAAAAAGGUAUAACAAAAGAAAUGUUAAAUUUUUAUAAACAAUAUCAAGAAAAUUCAAAUUUACAAGUUUUAUAA